CGUAGAGAUCGUCAUUUGGUGAAAGUACCAUUUCCUUUUUUGUGGUACGACUUGCACGAUUGUAUUUACAUACAUGCUUGCUCACUUCCGAAAGCAUAUCCGAUAGAGAAAGUCAUUCGAUAUUUGUAAACAUCGAACAAAGUUCAAUAUGACUGCUGGAACUACCACAGAAAAAUCAACCAGCAAUCCUCUGGAACAGUUUGUAUUGUUAGCAAAAACUGCCAAAGGAGCAGCUGCCAUAGAGCUUAUUAAGCAAGCAGUAGAGACACCAGGAGUACAUGUAUUUGGAGAGUUAUUAGAUAUGCCUAAUAUCAAAGAAUUAGAGAAUGGACCUUAUGUUCAGUAUUGGAAUACUCUGAAUUUAUUUGCCUAUGGGACUUAUAAAGAAUAUUUAGAGAAUAAAGAUAAGGUUUUAGAAUUGACUACCACUCAAAAGAAAAAGCUUCAACAUCUGACCAUUGUAACAUUAGCCACAAAGUCGAGAUGCAUACCAUAUUCUCUAUUAUUGGAAGAGUUAGAUAUAAAAAAUGUUAGAGAUUUAGAGGACUUAAUAAUAGAAGCGAUCUAUGCAGACAUAAUACAUGGUAAAUUAGACCAAAAAAAUUCACAGUUAGAGGUGGAUUACGCUGGUUUAGGACGCGAUGUUAGGCCUGAUGAUACAGGUGUUGUGGCUGAGACAUUAGCUGCUUGGGGUCAGGCUUGUGACACAGUGUUAGCAUGUAUCGAGGAACAAGUCACAAGAGCUAACGUAGAAAAACAAAAGGCUACUUAUCACAAAGAAAGGAUACAGAGAGAUAUUGCUAACAUAAAGAAGUCACUUGCUGCACAAGCUGGAGGUGGUGGUGUGCAGGAAGCUGACAUGGCCGGAGGCAGUUCUGGAUCUGCAGGAAGCGAAUCAAGCAGGGAAGCGUUGUCAGCUCCACCGGAUGCAAAGAAGAAACAACAAAAGGUCAAAGGUAUUAAAGGCAGUGGAUCUACUAAUCCGGUAAGGCAUCAUGAACUGAACGAUGAGCCAAAUUGAGAAGUUCAUCUUAGGUGAAACCUCGUGGCGUAUCACCAACUCGAUCUUGGAUUCUAUCUGUCUGUCUGUCUGUGUCCACAUCAUUAUACGAACAGCGCAUCUUUUUCUCUGUAACAUUUUUGUACUUUUUGAGAAAUAAAACAGAUCCUAAAAAGUAA